AUGCUCGAAAACUCCGAAAUCUCUAUGGAGCGCUGGGUCGAACUCAGAGACGGAGACCCUUUUACAGCUCGCUGGGGUUUCACUAUAUACCGCACGUACUACGGGCCUGGCUCUGAUGAGAACUGGAAAACGCUGCUGGCGAAGGCCAAAGAGGAAACAUUUAAGGAACUCGAUGAAUUUGAUCACGGCGGAAUUGCUGCAAAGAUCAAACCUAUCUUCCAACUUGACGCACGCUCUGACCCGAUUAUCCUCGACGGUUUGAGUCUGGGAGAACUAUGCAAGGUUUACAACGAUAACGUUGGCGGCGACCCUAUGCCACGGUACGAAUCGCCGGUGUUUCUUGUUGCGGACAAGCACGUUCUCAAUCAAAUCGGCGAGGGCAAUUUAAUUGUGAAGUCAGUGGAUGCCGACUAUCCGCCUCAAGAGGAAAUUCCCCUUCGUACGAGUACCGAGGCCAAAUGGUGGGGAUGGGGUAGGAUGGAGUUGCGUCAAAUACCUUGGCUUUGGAAAACACUAAGGGGAGAAAACAGUCGUUACUGCUUUCCGUGGACUGUACACCAAGCUGAACUUGACAACACAAUCUGGGAGGAGGAUGAUGCGGACUGA